CCCUCGCGCACCCUGGGGAAAUCGAUGGCGCGUAGAACAGAGGCGGCGACGACGGCGAUGAGAAGCAGCCAAUGGAAGAGGAAGAGGAAGAGGGAGCGGAUGUCUACGAUAAGGUACCCUGUACCCUCGCGCCUCUAUAUAUAUACGAGGCAUUAGGCGUGGGGUUUCUUGAGGAAUAGCCAAAUCACACAAACCCUACGAAGAGCCGAGAAGUACGAAACCCUAGACGAAGGCAAUGAAGCGCCGCGGAAGAGAAAACUCGUUCUACGAACAGGAAGAAGAUCCAGAAGAGGCCCUUUUUGACGACGAAGACGGAGAAGAGAAGGAGGAGGAGCGACAAGGAGGAGGCUCUGAUCGUAAAAGGAGGAGAUCGGAUCGCAGAGAAGAUUUCGCAUCGAAAUUUUUGGAUAUUGAAGCCGAGGUCGAUAGCGAAGAGGAAGACUAUGAAUCUGAGCCCGAGGACGACGGCUUCAUAGCCCAACCUGGCGACGAUCCAAACCCGAGUGAUGGAGAAGACGAUGACGACGUUAGAAGGGCGAAACACGGUCGGCUGUUGUUCCCGGAGGAAUUGGAGUCGGAGGAAGAUAUUGAAGAAUUAGAGAGAAGAGUUCAGGGGCAUUUUGAUUCUCACCAAAUUCAGUUUGAUGAUGGUGAUGAUGAUGAUGAAAUUGGGCAGCAAGCUCGGUUGCCUUGCGUAAGGGACCCGAAAUUGUGGAUGGUCAAAUGCGCGAUCGGGCACGAGAGAGAGGUUGCUCUCUGCUUGGCGCAGAAGUGCAUCAAUAAAAAAUCAAAUCCAUCUCAUAUGAUCAGGUCUGCAAUUGCUCUUGAUAAUCUGAAAAAUUACAUAUAUGUUGAGGCAGACAAAGAAGCCCAUGUGAGAGAAGCUUGCAAAGGCAUGCGCUAUGUCUUUACUGCCCAGAAAAUUGUUCUUGUUCCUAUUAAGGAGAUGGUAGGUGUCGUUUCUGUGGAGAGAAAACCCUCCGUUGAUGUUUCGGUGGAUAGUUGGGUGAGGAUGAAGAGGGUAAAGAUGUAUGAAGGGGACCUUGGCAGGGUUGUGGAUGUGGAUGAUGUGAGGAGGAGGGUUACGGUGAAAUUGAUUCCAAGGAUUGAUUUUCCAGAACUUGCGAGGAAAUUGGAGGGACUAGGCCUACAAAAGAAGAGAUUUAUUCCUCCUCCUGCACGGUUGAUGAACAUUGAUGAAGCUGAAAGAGUACUGGCGAUUCAGGUAAAGGAGACAAGAGAUCGGGAGACGGGUGAAUACUUUGAUAAGAUUGGUGACAUGAAGUUUAAACAUGGGUUCUUGUAUAAGACCGUGGCAAUGAGUUCGAUCAGCUGGCAUAAUGUAAAUCCUACUUUCGAUGAACUUGAAAAAUUUAGAAAACCUGCAGGGAAUGAGAAUGCCGAUCGUGGCGAUGAUAUGUUUUCGAACCGAUAUAAAGGAGAGUUUAUGAAGGGUGAUGCAGUUGUGGUGCUGAAGGGAGAUCUGAUAAAUUUGGCGGGGAGGGUUGAGAAGGUUGAGGGAGGGAAUGUUCAUAUGCGACCCGACAUGAAAGGCCUUCCAGAAACUCUUGUGAUAAACAAGAACAAUCUUUGCAAGUACUUUAAAAUUGGGAAUCAUGUGAAGGUUACAUCUGGUAGUCAGAAAGGUGCUGCUGGCAUGGUUGUGAAGGUUGAUCAGCAGCAUGGGCUGGUCACCAUUAUAACUGAUAAAACCAAGAAACAUGUUUGCGUGUUCGCUGACGAUGUUGUGGAAAGUUUUGGUGCUACUGGUGAUGAUGCAAAUGGUGUUUCUAGUUUCUCAAGAUUUGGCCAUUACAGAACUCCGAGCAAGUUUUCUGGAGGUCGAAGAAGAGGGCCUGAUGCUAAUGGUUUGGAUGCAGGGACUAGGGUGAAAAUUCGGCAGGGUGUUUAUAAGGGCUACCGCGGUCGUGUUGUAGAGGUCAAAGGACAAAAUCUGCUGGUAGAAUUAGAGUCCCAAAUGAAGAUUGUCACAGUUGAUCGUCGAAGUUGUGUUUCUGAUUCCGAUAACUUUGCCGCGUUUGGAACACUGUAUCGCUAUGGCAAUGGCAUGAGAGGGACUGAGACUCCGAUGAGAGAUCCCAGAGCAACUCCGCUCCAUUCGUUCAUGACUACUCCGAUGAGAGAUCCUAAUGCAACUCCGCUCCAUUCGUAUAUGACGACUCCGAUGAGAGACCCCAGAGAAACUCCUAUCCAUGAUGGCAUGAAGACUCCAAUGCUCUACUGAUUUUCAGCUUUUAAGAUUUCUAGUUACGUUUGAGUAUUAGUUUUUAUGUUUUUUGUUAAGCCCUUUGAGACUUUGAGUAUUAGUUUGGCAUUUUGCUAAUGUCAAAACUUUAAUAUUUUUGUA